AUGGCUGAAUCAGAAUCUCAGGAAGGAAACUAUUAUAACAGGGAAAAGAUGGUGGAGAACGUUGAAACAGACAUGGAGGAACUUCUGGAGGAAAUGGAAAAACUAACAGUGGAUGCAGCCUGGAUGGCUUACAACUACACGGCCAUCCAGACCAACUCAGACCUGUUCAAAGCCAUGCAGCACUCGGAAGAUGUCUUCCUGAUGUGCAAAGAGCAGAUGGAGAAGAAAUGGCAAGAGGUGCUACUGGAAUCUAGAGGUGAAGGGGAAAAAAAGGAAUAA